AACGAAACAGAAGAGCGAAGAAGCAGCGAGCCACGAGCAGUACGCUUCCGAUCGGAGUAUCCCCAACGCACCCGAGAGCCCCACACAGUCCCUGUCGAUUCCAAGCACCAUGACGGCCCACGUGGACACGAACAAGAACGUCAAUUGGAUGGACUCACGUGGCUUCUGGACAUUUUACAUCAUGCUAUUGGCCUCGUUGUACAUGGCAAUGCCCAUCGCCUUCCCUACCCACGGCGAUGCCCUCACUGCAGUGAAUGUCAUCCACGGCGUGGUCUCGUUUGGUAUCAUGCACUGGAUCAAGGGCUCGCCCGACGACAACUCGAUGGGCGACUACCGUGAGCUCACAUUCUACGAGCAGAUCGACCAGGGCCACCCGUGGACCAACACGAAGAAGUUCCUCAUGAUGAUCCCUACUUUCCUGUUCUUGGCUGCUUCGGUCGCCACGGAUUAUGAUACGCUCCACCUGCUCAUCAACUUCCCCAUCUGGGCCACGCUCAUCCUGGCCAAGCUGCCCGAACUCGACCGCGUGAGAAUCUUUGGUAUCAACUCCACGGUCGGUAUUGACGAUCACAAGAAGAACUAACCCAGCACACGACCAGACGACAAGCGAGGAGGGUAGCGCAAACUACCAGAGGCAUCAGUAAUGGCUUCAUCAUUUGUGAGUAAAACCGAUGAACAGUGAACAAUUCAGCUGGAGAAGACAGGAUA